UUGUUGGUUACACUGCUUCUCCUUCCUCAGGGACAUAUGUUGGUCCCAGUGAAAACAGUUCCCCUUGGUCAACCAGCAACUUUCACAUGCCCAUUUCCUGCUGAUAAGCUGAGCAACAAUGAAGUCCACUGGUACAAACAGAGUACAGGGGAUACUCUUAAAUUGAUUGUGAAGCUGCGGAAGCAUGCGGACCCUGCAUUUGGGCAGGAAUUUUCUUCCUUAAGAAUGAUUGCAUCAAAAACUGAGACUGUUAGCAGACUGACAAUACUGAAAACAGUUCCAGAAGAUGAAGGAAUGUAUCACUGUGCUAUCAUCGAGUGGACAGAAAACCUUUGGCAUGGGACCUAUUUGUAUUUCAAAGAUGGAAACAAACAUGAUGACUGCAAUACGAGAAAGGACUCUCAGAGGAGAUGUGCAUUUUCUAAAAACAUCAGAUCCAUCGACAACGCUACUUACUACUGCGCUGUGGCCACAUGUGAAGAAAUAUUUACUGGAAACGGAACAAAAGCCAAAGUUCAAGGGUUCAACUUGUGGUUCCAAGAUACGGACAAAGUUAUUCUUCCAUUGUGUGCAGCUUUAGCUUUAAGUCUUAUUUCAACAAUUGUCCUGAUAGUCUCCAUUAGCACAAGCAAGUAUAAGGACAACAAAGCUGGGGUUGACCUACACAAGUACUGUGGUCGUGAGAAAAGACAACAGGGGGUUGAAUAUGGACAGAUGUACUCUGUGGUUGUCUUCAGCAUAAGGAACCUGGAAGUGGAUCCCUGAAACAACCGUAGAGAGAGAAAGUUCACACGAAUCAAAGAUUUUGGAUUUGAGAUCUUUGAUGUUGCCUGUAACUAAAAAUUGAAUAGAUAC